AUACGUUUAUGGGAGCUGAAAACAACACGUUUUAUAUGAUUUUCCUACUUUUGAACACAAAUUCCACAGUUCACGGGCUCAAUAACUGAAUUAAACUUCAGUCCUCCUUCUCAUCGCUUUCCUCAUCACCAGGGAGUACCUCCCCCGCUCUCAUCUUGUAACAUGAACGAGCGGCACCUUUUUCCAUCAAAUGUUUUCUUCGUCAUGGGCAAAUCUCAGUGCAGUGAAGAUCUCGCUCACGGCUUUUCAUUGCGUUCCGGUUGUUUGAUGCGCGGGCGAUGAUGGGACGCGGUCUUUCACGCACUGACUGAUACCCGACUGGAUAAAACACCUUUUUUUUAAAGAGGAAUUUUGCUGACUUCUCCAACUUUUAUUUUCUAAUGCUUGCAGGCCCUGGUGGAGCAGUGCGAUGACUCCCAUUCCCCUGUGUCUGCUGCUGCUCUGUGCCCUGCCCCUGUGUCUUCUUGCCUGGGGGGGCCACGGUGAUGGUGUUGAUGAAGAGUAUGGCUGGUCCAUGCAGAGGGUCCCGUUAAUUCUAGACAGGCACACAGUGCAUCUGCGGAGCCCCACGUUUGGUGGGAAGGUUGAGGGGGCAGGUGAGGAUGAGGAGGGGGGGUGUGGGAUAAAGUGUCAGAGUGCCCUCCCCCCUCCCGACUGGGCCACACUGGAGAGCAUGCUGGGAUACGAGACGGUGUACGAGAACGGCACGCGCACACACAGCAACGUCACGCUGCAGGGCCUGAAUGACACAACCUCACACACGCCCUUACACACCCCCUCACACACUCGCAGGAAACGUCAGGUGUAUGGCGAGGACGGACGCUUUGUCAUAUCGGACAGCCACUUCACCACCAGCUACCCGUUCUCCACGGCGGUCCGCCUAUCCACGGGCUGCUCCGGGGUCCAAGUGUCUGAAAAACACAUACUGACGGCAGCCCACUGCGUCCACGAUGGGAAGGACUACCUGCAGGGGGUCCGCAGGCUGAAAGUGGGGGUCCUACAGGUCAAAUCUAAACGAGGUAGGAGGGGUGGGAGGAGGAGAGGGGGGAGGAGAGGAGGAGGAGAGGGGCAAGGAGAGGAAGUGGUAGGAGAAGAGGAGAAAGGGAAUGGGAUAGAUGGAGAAGAACCGAGACAGGAGCAGAGACGGAGAGGAGGGAGGAGAGGAGGAGGAGAGGGGCAAGGAGAGGAAGUGGUAGGAGAAGAGGAGAAAGGGAAUGUGAUAGAUAGAGAAGAACCGAGACAGGAGCAGAGACGGAGAGGAGGGAGAAGGAGGAAGGGAGAAAGGGAGAAACAGAACAGGGUUGAUGAGACUGGAGCAGAGGGAGGUGAAGGAGGGAACAUGAAGAAGGAGAGGGGACAAGGAGGGGGUAGGCAGAGAAAGAAAGGUAGCAGAAGCAGCCGUGUACAACGCAGCACCGAACCCAAAACUCAGCCCUCCUUCCACUGGACACGCGUAAAACAAACCCACAUCCCCAAAGGUUGGAUACACACAGGAGAUAGAACCAACGCCAUAUCCCACAACUACGAUUACGCCCUCCUGGAGCUCAAACAGGCAAUUAAACAGAAGCACAUGAAACUGGGUGUAGUGGCCGCUACAAAGCCCCUCCCCUUGGGUCGCAUCCACUUCUCAGGGUUCGACAACGAGCCAGAGGGAGGACAAAAGGAUGGAGGGGGGGAAAAGGUGGUCUAUCGCUUCUGUUCAGUGACGGAGGAGUCAGACGACCUGUUGUAUCAGCAUUGUGAUGCCCAGCAGGGGGCGUCAGGCGCUGGUGUAUACAUCCGCCUCAGACAGGAAGUGGUGGGGUCCAAUAAGGGGAAGUGGCAGCGGAAGGUUAUCGGGGUGUUCUCAGGGCACCGCCGGGUGGACGGGGACGGGGGUGAACAGAGGGACUAUAAUGUGGCGGUGAGGAUCACUCCGCCUAAAUACGCUCAGAUCUGCCACUGGAUCCAUGGGGAUCCCAGCAUGUGUAGGGAGGCUUGAGACACCAGGGAUAUGACCGACUGAUCAGAGUAAGAAAAAAAGAAGAUAUGCAUUCAUGUAUCUCCUUUCACUGAGACCUCAAAGCGCUGAGGUGGUGGUGGACAAACUAACCAAUGCCCAGCACAGAAUGAUCAGAUGGAAUAGAACUUUGGAAUAUGGGAUGAUUUUCUUGCUUUGGUCAAUCAAACAGAUCCCUAUCCAGACUGAGGUCUCAAAAUUCUAUGGUGCGAUAAAAACAGGUUUCUUUGUCACACGUGCUUUUUGUUUCCAAGAUAUACCCAUCGUGCACAUAAUAUGGGUGCUAAGAUGAGUUCCGUUGGUGAUGAUUUUUCUUGGGUAAAUCUUUGUUUUUAGUGUCUACAUGAUUCAGUUAUCUAGCCAAUGCUCUUUUUGUUAUCGGAAUAGUUUUUUUCCAGGGUCUAUAUUUUGAGUGUAAAUGUGUAUUUUGUUGAGUAUUUCCAGAACAUAUAUUUUGCUUGGAAAAAAAUUUGAUCAACAGUGAUGUAAAAAAAAAAAGCAAAAAUAAAACAUCUUUAUAUUAAAA